AUGUCAAAUCCAAGAAGUGAUCACUGGAUUGCUUUGAAAUGGGUACCCAGAUAUAUAAACAGUAUUACAUGUAUAGGUUUAGAGUAUUGCAAAAGAACAUCUACACUUGAUCUUGUGGGGUUUGUGGAUUCAGACUUUACAGGUGACAGGGAUAGCAGGAAGUCAACCACAACAUAUUGCUUUACCCUUGGAGGGAAUUGCAUCAGCUGGAAAUCAAAACUCCAGCCUCUAGUUGCCCUAACAACGACUGAAGCAAAAUAUGUGGCCCUGACAGAUGGUUUCAAGGAAGCCAUAUGGAUGCAAGGAUUACUGACAGAAACUGAGCAGACUAGUAGCAAAGUAACUAUCUUCUCAGAUAGUGAAAAUAUUAUUUUGUGCCCUUUAUUGGAAGUAGUUUUUCACAAAGUUGCUUCUCAGCUUUUGAAAGAAAUAGCUCUUAAAUGUGGGUUUGAGGAUGAGAUAGACAAGCUUUGGCAUUCAGUAAGCAUCAUUCAAGCAGUUUUUGAAGAUGUAGAAGAGAGUCGAGGCUUCUUCGUGACGAGGUCAUUUACCGACUUCUUUCCUUCUUUGAAACCAAUUGCAAUUUAUCUUGAAUUGUUCCCUAAGCUAAAAGAAAUUAGAAAAAGAUUAGACUUUUUGGCAGCUGAAAGGCUUAACUUUCACUUGAAAGAAGAUUUAAUGUCUUUGACCGUUUUGAUCAAUUACUUGUGUAAAAUUGAAAGGGUUUCUAAAGGUUUUGUGGUUUUUGGGGAGAUUUUGAAGAAGGGUUUCAGCCCAGAUGCUCCGACUUUUAAUUGUUUGAUCAAAGGUCUGUGUGUAGAGAGAAAGAUUGUGGAGUCGAUGGAAUUGUUUCAGAAAAUGGUUGUUGUUGGUUGUAGGCCUGAUGUGACUACUUAUGGGACUUUGAUUGGUGGAUUGUGUAAGUGUUGCCAUUAA